GAUGCGGGGCGCACGAUGAGGGGCGCGGGCCGGGGACGGGUCAAGGACGAGGGUGCAGGGUGGGGCCAGAAGGGGCCGGUGCUGCGGCCGUGCCGAGCCGUGCCGAGCCGUGCCGGCGGCUCCCCCGCCCCGGUGUCGGCGCGCAGGUGCGGCGGGCGCGGCGGAGGCCCCGCCCCGGCCCUCCCGCCGGUGCCGCCCGGUGCCGCCCCGCGGCCGCACUCGCCGGCGGCGCCUCCCCGUGCGCACCGCACCGCUCCGCACCGCGCCCGCUCCCCCCGGCGCUGCGGCAGCAUGCGGGGCUGCGGCGGGCGCCGCGCCCUGCUGGCCCUGCUGGCCCUGCUCCUGCCCGCCGCCGCCGCCGGCCCCGGGCCCGCCGCCGGCCCCGCCGCCGGCCCCGGGCCCGCUGCGGCGGGGGAGAGCCCCGGCAAUUUCAUGGAGGACGAGCAGUGGCUCUCGUCCAUCUCCCAGUACGGCGGCAGGAUCAAGCACUGGAACCGCUUCCGAGACGAGGUGGAGGAUGACUACAUCAAGAGCUGGGAGGACAACCAGCCCGGGGAUGAAGCCCUGGACACCACCAAGGACCCGUGCCAGAAGGUGAAGUGCAGCCGGCACAAGGUGUGCGUGGCGCAGGGCUACCAGCGCGCCAUGUGCAUCAGCCGCAAGAAGCUGGAGCACAGGAUCAAGCCGCUGGGCCCCAAGGCGCACGGCGGCUGCAAGCCCUGCCACGCCGCCCCGGUGGCCGCCGUCUGCGGCUCCGACGGCCACACCUACAGCUCGGCGUGCAAGCUGGAGCAGCAGGCGUGCCUGGCCAGCAAGCAGCUGACGGUGCGGUGCGAGGGGCAGUGCCCCUGCCCGACCCCGCACAGCCCUGCCGGCGACAGCAAGCAAGAACUGUGCACCGGGCAGGACCUGGCCGACCUGGGUGACCGGCUGCGCGACUGGUUCCAGCUCCUGCGGGAGAACGCCAAGCAGAACGGCUCCGGGGGGCUGCCCGCCAGCCCCACCUCCGCGCUGGAGAGGAGCGUGGCGGCCACCUGCAAGGAGGCGGUGGGGUGGAUGUUCGCCCGGCUGGACACCAGCGGGGACCUCUUCCUGGAGGCGGCCGAGCUGGCCGCCAUCAACCUGGACAAGUACGAGGUGUGCAUCCGCGCCUUCUUCAACUCCUGCGACACCUCCAAGGACGGCCGCGUCUCCGCCCCCGAGUGGUGCUUCUGCUUCUGGAGGGAAAAGCCGCCCUGUCUCAGGGAGCUGGAGAAGAUCCAGAUCCAAGAAGCAACCAAAAAAAAGCUGGGCACCUUCAUCCCCAGCUGCGAUGAGGAUGGCUACUACCGGCGGGCGCAGUGCGAGCCGGGCGGCGGCGAGUGCUGGUGCGUGGACCAGCACGGGGCCGAGCUGACGGGCACCCGCGGGCACGGCAGCCCCGACUGCGACGAAGCAACGGGGUUUUCGGGAGACUUCGGGAGCAGCGUGGGCUGGGAGGACGAGGAGGAGAAGGAGCCGGAGGAGGCGGGCGAGGAAGGCGAGGAAGAGGAGGGCGAAGCGGGCGAGGGCGACGACGGCGGCUACAUCUGGUAGAGGAGCAGGAGAGCCCGGUGGGCGGCACGGCCGGGAGGCAGCCCCCCAGCCGGGGGUCCCCGUGAGCCCCCCGCUGCCGGUGUGCCAUGGGGUGGGUGCUCCCCCCUCCGGUCCCGUGUGGGACGGGGCAACGGGGCGCUCGCCCGGGGAGGGGGCGAGCGGGGCGGGGGGGCCGCUCUCAUGCGAAUUUGAGCUUUUUUUUUUUUUUUUUUCUUUU